UAGGAAAUAGAAUUUGUAAGAUUAAAAAGCAAGUUUUGACGCCCAAUCCGUCGUCACGAUUAGACCCAUCUCUAAGCUCAUAACCACACUCCCGUCGCCAUUGGCGGAGCACUGCGAAAUGGAGACAGUUCACCGAUUCUCCUUUCGUCUCUUACCAUUCUCUCUCGCCGAAAGGUGUUUGAAGCCUUCUUCAGCCACACCCAGGUUUCGAAAUCUCAUUUGCGGACCCACUUCUUCAUCGAAUCACAUUCCCAAGCUCAUUCCGGCCCGGAAAUCGUACAGUUCGUCCUUUUCUCCAAUUGCGAAGGCUGGUUGGUUUCUGGGUCUCGGAGACAAAAACAAAACUAGUUUACCCAAGAUUGUGAACGCUGGAGACCCAGUUCUGCACGAACCCGCUCGUGAAGUUGAUCCGAAGGAAAUAGGGUCCGAUAAGAUUCAGAAGAUUAUCGACGAUAUGGUUGUGGCCAUGAGGAACGCUCCUGGAGUGGGUCUUGCAGCUACCCAGAUUGGAAUUCCAUUAAGGAUAAUUGUUUUGGAAGACACUAAAGAAUACAUCAGUUAUGCACCCAAGGAGGAGAUCAAAGCACAAGAUAGGCGACCUUUUGAUCUUCUGGUGAUCAUAAACCCAAAGCUAAAAAGUAAAAGCAACAAGACUGCACUGUUUUUUGAAGGCUGCCUAAGUGUUGAUGGAUUUAGAGCAGUGGUGGAGCGCCAUCUUGACGUCGAGGUAGUCGGUCUUGAUCGAUAUGGAAGUCGUAUCAAGGUGGAUGCUUCAGGUUGGCAGGCUCGGAUUUUACAGCACGAAUGUGAUCAUUUGGAUGGAACUCUUUAUGUCGACAAGAUGGUGCCUCGAACAUUCAGAACAGCCGAAAAUUUGACCUUGCCUCUUGCUGAGGGUUGCCCCAGGCUCGGAGUUCGCUAGCUAUGCCGGGAUCGAUGUUAGCCCCAAGUUCGUGGAUGGAUCGAUAAAUUAUGAAAC